AUGAUUGGUCCACAAGAUAUAACUCUAUGUGAACAUUUAUUAACCACGCUAUAUGGUCACGCUUGUGGAGAAAUCGGCUCACUUUUACUGAGAAGAGGUCGUUUACCAUUCUCAAGUUUGGUGAAAUUAUCAUCACUCACUUCUCACUCGAUCCGAUCGGCACUUAUAACUUUAAUUCAACAAAACUGUGUUUGUCAUUCGGAAACUUCAAGCGCAAGCACAUCAACUCAAACUAAUUCACCAGAAUAUUUCGAAGUGAUACCAAAUGAAAUUUUAGCUAGAAUUCGAUUUGGGAAAUAUAUCACGAUUGUUGAUGAAUUAUUUGGUAUUGAAUCAAGUUCGAUUAUUGAAUUUGUUUUAGAGAAUGGAAAAAUAAGAAUCGGUCAACUUAUCGCUUCACUAUUAUCAAAUUCAAAUUCAAAUUCGAUGAAAUCGGAUUCAGAUUCACAUGAAGUGAAAAGCGAAUCUUUAAAAAAGAGUCAAAUCAUUCGAUCCAACAUCUUAAACUUACUUUCUGAACGUUUCUUAAAGCCUUCUCAACCAUCACACUCAAUUGCAUCACUGGACUUGGAACUUGCAUGGGAAAAACAGAUGAUUAGCGAGAUCCCAGGUAUACCAACACCCAAGGAUUUAAGAGCCGUAAAAGAACGUGUAGUAGAUAAAGUAGUAGUAGAGCGGGAUCGAGAAUUCGAUGAAUUAUGUGCCUUUGAUCUUAAAAAAAGAAAAAUGACGAUUGAUGCAGGUGGUCGAGGUGGGAAACGAUCAAAGAUAGAGGAGUCGAUCUUAGAUGAUGACAUGUUUGUACGAGUGAAUUACGAUAGAUUUGAUAUCAAAAUUCGAAAUUCAAUAUUUGAACAAGAGUGCUUAAGGUCUUACAACCAAGAAGCCGCACUUGUGAUGAAAGCAAUGUUAUCCUUGGCUGAAGCUAAGCAAAGGGAUACUCAAGAUCUAGUUUCAGAACCGAUCUCUGCUCAAUCAAUUGUAAUCAGAUUAGGAGAUCAAGCCAAAAAGCUCAAAACUUGUUUUCCAACAAAAACAAGUAAUGGACAAUUCAAUUUAAAACUGAAAAAUACUGGAGAUCUUGCAGCCGAAGUACUAUCAAUCAUAUCGAAACAAGAUGAUUUUGGUACCUCAAGUACAUCAGUAUUUGUAAAUGGAAGUCUAGAUAAACUUUUAUCACAAAUGAAUCCAAUUGCCAUGGUUUCAGAGAAAAAGGGAAAUUCGACUACUUUAGGAGGGAGUGGUAGUGGAGGAAUGAGAGAAUUUAAAAUUGAAUAUGGAAAGUAUUCGGUCGAAUUAAGAAAAGCUUUGGUGACAAGGAUUGUUAGGGAGACACUCGGUAUUGAAGCGGCUAGAGUGGUUAGGAUCUUGUUGAACAAAGGUAGAUUAGAUGAGAAACAUCUAGCAAAAUUUGCUAUGAUGACAUUGAAAGAUUCAAGAGAAUUAUGUUUAAAAUUAUCAACUCAAAACAUAAUUGAAUUACAAGAAAUCCCCAAAACUCAAGAUAGAAUGCCAUCAAGAACCUAUUAUUUAUAUUUUAUAGAUUUUAAAAAAUUAAAUUUAAACUUGAUUAACAAAUUAAGAAAAUCACAAAUUAAUUGUAUAGAAAGGAUUUAUAAAGAAUUGAACUCAAAUCGAAAUUUGAUUUCAAAAAUCAAUCGUAAAGAUAUCUUUAACGAUUUAAAUCAAUUUUUAAAUCAUUGGGAAUUAAUUGAAUUUAAUAGAUUGAAAAUCAAAUUACAAGCUUUAGAAGUUGCUAAAAUUAGAUUAGAAAGAGAUUUGUUUAUACUUAGAGACUUACCUUGGGUUGGAUGA